AUGCAAUCUCCUGGGAAUUAUGGUGACAGUCGACGCAUACGAAAUGGUUCGUCUUCUUCAGGUGGUCGAGGAUACAGAGACGGUGGCAGAGAUCGUCGAAGUGUUGAUCGCAGAAGUUUAGACCGCCGAAGCGUGGAUCGUAGAAGCACAGACGGUAGGAGUGCAGAUCACAGAAGUGAAGAACGUAGUACAGGUCGCAGAAGUACAGAUAGAAGGUCUGCCUCACGAAGCAGAUCAUUCACAGGAUCAUCUUCCAGAAGCGCCAGCAGAUCAGUCGUUUCUCGAUCAAGAUCUGUUUCUAAUGCAAGACACUCAUUACCGUCAAAUCAUGAUGACUCAAUGAAUGCUAGCGAGUCCGAAUUUAAUGGACGUAACUAUGAUGAUCGACGUGUUUCUCGCAAUCGUUCUCGUCAUUCUCAUGACCGUAGCAGCAGUAGUAGCCAAUCUUCAGGGGAGCGAAGGCGACAAAGUUCAUCUAAUCGUCACUCAGUAGAUAGAAAUCAUACACGAUAUGACAACAGUGGGGGUGAAAAUUCAUCUCCAGAUUAUCAACAACGGAAAAAGCAGCGGCUUUCAAGGUCACCUUCGAUGAAUGAAGAAAAUCUCGCUUACUCAAAUGCUCCUGCACCUAACCCGGAAGGUGGGUCCUCACUGGUAAGUGGACUUAUACAACUAAGACGCCGUGGGCAACAGGGCUUUGAACAGUCCCCUGUCCGAGGCGAUAGUUUUUCCAGGAGAAGCCGUCAUUCUUCCGAGAAUUCGUCGUCUGGCGCUUCAGUUGCCAGUUCUAAUGGUGCUUUCGAUUCUCCUAAAAACCGCAGUGGGCGUAAACGGAUGCAUUCGAUCUCACCACCUUACAAUAAUCAUUCUAGUCGCAGUAGCAAAGCGAAAACUGCAGCUGCUUCUAAUAGUGAUGAGAAGAGUCGAUCUAUCGUUGAACCUCAAAAACGAAGGAAAACAAGAAAUACCCGUUCCCCAGUUAACAGCACCGAAUCUCAUGACCGACCUAAUACACGCAGCAAAGCCCAACGAACAAGUCUUCGAAAGACGCCAGAAGUUGAAAAUUCAGUAAAAAUGCGCCAAGCCAAUGCCAGUCGAAAACGUCGAUCAAGUGUUUCCAAGUCGAGUCAGAGAUCAUCAGGCAAGGAUUCCUCGCCGGUAGCUAGUAAAAAGAAUUCAAAGGGUGGUCAUAAUUCGCGACACUCUGAAAAUGCGCGUUCUCCUCUGUCCGCCACAGUAUCAAAUACAGCUAAACGAUGGAGAACACCGGAAGACGAAGUUAGUGAUGAUCCACCUAGAAAAGUUGAAAAGUGGCCUUCGAAUUCCGGCAGAUUAAGUAAAGCGAAAAACAAAUCUGCCACCCGUUCAGUUAAUAAUUCAAGUGACAAUGAUCAUUCUGAUGCUUCGAAAGUCAGUGGUAGACAGUCGGUGGUUCCAAGGGGUAAUAAAUCUCUGCCUAAAACAUCAGAGCCUGCAUCAUCAAAGAAUAGUUCAGGAUCUACAACUGUUACGUCUAGUGCACCAACUAUGAAUAAUAAAAAGUCAGCAGAGCCUAAUGAUGGUUCUGAAGAUGUAAUGAAUUUGAUUCGUGAUCGGAAAGAUACAUUAGCAGAGGAGUACAAACGGGAUUGCGAAGCAUUUACAACAGUUGUACGCAUGUUGAUAAGCAAAGACCAAGAUCUUGAAAGUCGACUUAUGCCAAUGCUGAAAGAAAUUCUACACGAAAGAGGACAACGGUGCAUUGAAGACUUACGGGCAUUUAUUUCGGAUCACCAGCCCCAUGAAUCAGGGACAAAUGAAAUAGGCGAAAAAAGACAUGACUAG